UGUUCACCUGUCCAACCCACCAGUAACUGGUCCAUCAAUCCGUCCAAACCCCUCCAUCCCUUGUACGCAAUUAAUCCCUUCCGUAUACUUGCAAAGGUUUUCCGUCAACUGACUCUCCUACUCUCGCUAAUAGAGGCACCUGUCAAACAUGGCGAACGAAUAUUCGGGAACACGUUUGUACUUGGGCAAUCUUCACAAGGAUGGUUUGUUGCCGUAUUCUAUUUUAUUUACCCGACCAUCGCCCUGAUGGCCUGUAAAGCUUGGAUCUCUACUUAUGACGACAGCGAUAAUGGUGGUGGAGGCUCGAGCAUUCAUCAGUCUCUUUUGCUAACCUUUCUACAGCUCGUAAGCAGGAGGUUGAAGAUUUUUUCAAGGAACAUGGCAGUGGAAAAAUUGUCGAGAUUAAGCUUAUGAAUGGAUUUGGUUUCAUCCAAUAUGAUAGUGAAGCUGAUGCCAAAGAUGUCGUGCCUGGUACGCGGACCUUGAUUAAUACCCACUUGCAUAGCUGACCUGACACUUCUCCUGUAGCUUACCACGGCAGGGAUUUUAAGGGUCAAGCUUUGACGGUUCAGUUCGCUCGUGGCAGUCGUCGCGAUCCUCGUCAUCACGAUUUUCCGGGCGGUGCGGACCGCACGUUUCCUCGUCCUAGACGUACUGCGUUCAGAAUGAAUAUUACUGGACUCAAUCCCGAUACCAGCUGGCAGGUGGGCAUAUAAUUACUCCUCGUUUCUACUGCAACUUGGGCUAUCGUGAAUUCCCCUUGGAAUGUCCCAAGCCUGAUGUCCAUCCACUCCUGUCUUUUGAAUACAUUCCCUGUGCCUGACCAGGUCCUGACUAUGGUUUAUCCUUGAUCCGGAGGAAUGCCUCUUUCCCCAUGUUGUGCUGGUUGGCCCCUUCUUGGAAAUCCUGUCUGCGAGAAAUUCCUAUUAUCAUGACUGGGGCAUUCAGCACCAUUUUUGUACUUCUAUUCCUGGAUUUAUGCCUAUAUCCGUGGUUAUACCGCCGGGGACAUUUUCCGGGAUUUUGUAUCCGUGCAUCUGCUUUUUCUGGAGGGGCCACAGUCUGCGAGUGGUCUUUAUUCGAAUUCAACUCAUUCGGGGUUUUUUCUGCUACCUAGGAUCUCAAGGACUUUGCUCGCAAGUCCGGUUCCGACGUCGUUUUCUCCGAAGUCAGCCGCGACCGUGACGGCCGAGGGUGAGCUAACAUACAUGUCCGAUUUCCGAACAUUGGGCAUCUGACUGAUUGGAGUAUAGCAUGGUUGAAUUCGAAACCUACGACGAUUUGAAGCGUGCAGUUUCUUCUUUGGAUCGCACGGAGUUUAAGGGAACUCAGGUUGCCUGUACCCCCGACGUACUACCGGUAUCAUAAAUCCAUCGACCCCCUUUUGAUUUUCAAGUGCUCAUUGCUUCCCCAGGAUCAUGAUGUUCCUCGUGGGCAUGGCCCUGGGCGUCGUUCUGUUUCCCCUAGAGGUUACAAUGGUCGUCGUUAUUCCCCCAACCCUUCUAGAGGUUAUCAUUCGCCACCUCGUCAUAGCCGUCGUUACGAAUCCCCUUCCAGGGGCUAUCGCGAGCGCACCCCUCCUCGUGGGGGACGUGAUCCCUACUACGGCGGUGGCGGUGGAGGUCGUGAUAGAACUCCUCCGAGACGUCCUCCCCCCCCAGCCGAUGACUACCCCCCCCCUCGUAGCAGCGGAUACGGUGGGCGCGGCGACGACUACCCUCCGAGAAACGGCGGAUACGAUGAUGAUUACAGAGGUGCAAAUGGGUCUGGCAGGAGGCAUUACGAUGAAUCCCAUAGAGGACGUCCGGUGAGUCCUCCUUACAGAGGCAGGAGUCCUCCAAGAGGACCACCACCACGCGGGUACGAUGAUUAUGAUGGUCGUCGUCGCUAUUGAACUUUUUUUCAAGAAAAUUGUUGGAGGUUGGUAUUUUGCGGAUUUUUUUGUGGCUAAUGUUCUGUGCGCGAUGGCUCUAUUCAACCAUAAAGAAUUAGUCCUUAGCUGACUCGAAGGCCACACAAAAAAAUCGCUAAAGACGCACACCCCAGCACUCAUGGUUGCUCAUAAAUGAGAUGGUACGGUUUGGGGGAAAACGGUUCGCGAUUAUUUAUUUUUUCCGAAUAGUGGGGGACUGGGCAAGUAGGGAUGACAAUAGGGAGAGUUGGGAUGUCUGUUUCGUGUUUUUUUUUUCUUUUUUCGUUUCUUUUACUCUUUUCCUUCACAAUCAUGUUCUGAUUUUUCCCCCCACCCAAAAAAACUUUUCGCUUUACUUUAUGGCCUGGUCUUAGCUUUUUCACGGUGGUCUUCCUCUUGAUCCCUUGCUUUGUGCUUUUUUCUAUCUAUAUAUUUUGUAGGGACAGUAAAUGAAGUGAUGUUCCCGCG